AUGUCUAAUUUUACAAAUGCUAAACCUUAAAGAAAAUAUAGAGAAAGAGCAUAACCUGUAAUUAAAAAUCUUAUGAAUUUAUUAGACAUCUAGAUAAUUUCUUGGUAUUUUAGAAAAGCAUGGUGAUUAUAAAAAGAGAGCUAUAAAUUAUUAGAGAAAGAAAGAAUAAUUACAAAAAUUACAAUUGAAAGCUGCUUUAAGAAAUAAAGAUGAAUUUAAUUUUAGAAUGCUUAAAAGUAAAGUAAAGGAUGGUGUGGUGUAUGAAGAUUAAGAUGAAAGUAGUGGUGAUGAAUAAGAAAUCCUUAAAUAAAUUAAAACUCAAAAUUAAAAUUUACUUAAAGCCUCUAUUUAACAAAAAGAAAAAGUAAAAAUAUUAUUUUUUAAUAAUUACUAGUUAACUGAGAAACUCAAGGAAGACUUAGCAAUGGUAUAAUUUGAGUAACCUACACAUAAAUUCUUUUUGAAAGAAGCAAGGAAAAAGAGUUUUGAUUAAAUUGAAGAUAAAUUGUAAGGUGAAGCAUAAUAAUCUACUCCAAAUUCUGAAUUAACUUAAAAGAUAAAUAAAUUAACAGAAGCUUUAUAUGAGAAAGAGAGAAUGAAACGAUUUUAUGUGGCUAUUACAAAAUCAAAAACUAAAGUAAAUUUAUAAUCUUUCAUAUUUAUUUAGGAUAAUGUAACAGCCAAACCUCACUAAAGAAAAAGAAUCAAGAAAGGCAAAGGAAAAGGAUUAUUUGAGAGAAGCAGAUGA